GUGGUCUUGGUUCGGAUCAUAAGUAGGGUUUUUUAAAGACUCGCUGCAGGAAACCUCAAUCACACUGCUUUGUAUGCCAAAUACUAAUAUUCUGCUUGUGUUGUUGUAUUGUAUAAAACUUGUGCACCUAGGUGAUCGCUAAUAAUCGUAAAGUGUCGUGAUCUUGUUUGAGGCUUAUAUUAUUUUAUAAUGGUCCGUUGUGAUCUUCUGUGUCCUGUGACUUAUCUCAGUCUGCGUCACCAUGUAUGUAAAAUGUAUACACGGAAAAUGACAAUAUAACGUAUGCUAAUAAAAUAAUAGUAAAUAGACUGUAAUGCAGUGUAUCUGAUAAGCCUUGUCAAUUGUUUUGAUAACCUUCAGUAAUUCAUUAAGCUAAGUUCAAGCAAGACCGUCUUCUCACAUUUAAAUGUAAAACAAUAUAAUUCGAGUUGUUAUACGGACUUAUUUAUACAUAAGUGUUGUGACAGUGGGAUAGCAAAAAUUUGAUUGCACAAACAUAAAAAUUUGAGUGUUGGAUAACUAAGGUUGUUGUCUAUUUGAUGGAGGACCUAGAAUCUGCAGAGCACGAGGAGGAAAUCUCGGGCGAGGACGUCAACAAAAUCUUACAAAAGUAUCUUGGCGGAACUAAAUUUGUCGUCAUCAGAAAAGCAUUAAAACCGCUGGCAACACCUGGGAUGUUAGGACGCCACGAAAAUCUCGAAAUAACUUUUUUGAAUAGCAGCGGAGUGAAAGAAACUCAAUCGUUCUUCGUGAAGUUCCUUCCAAAAUAACUUGGCAAGCAGAAUUUGCCAAAGCUAUCGGCGCUUUCACCAAAGAAAUCUUUGUUUAUGAAUUGCUGGAACGUUACCAAGAAGUUGGAAUUACUAUCCUAACCAACGUAGUUCCAAAAUUCUAUCUAGGUAAAGAUAAUGCGUGCUUAGUGUUAGAAAAUCUAUCUGAAGAUGGUUAUAAGACGCUUGAUAAAUAUCCAGUACUUGAAUAUGAUUCUGUGCUGACAAUCUUGAAUGCCCUAGCGAAUUUUCAUGCUGGCACGAUUGUUUUCGAAGAAAAACGAGGGGAAAGCCUGUUGGAAAUCUAUGGCGACAACUUGAGAGAAUCAUUCUUUGAUUGCAGUGAAAACUUUGCAAAUAAAAAGGGCAUUGAAGCAUCUAUAAGAGGCGUUUUGCGAGAAAUUGACAUUUUCGAAUUUCCUUUGAAGUUGAAUUCCGGGAAAAACUUCAAAGAACUAGCAAAAGAAGUUUGCUAUAAGAUCUGUGAGUUGGCGAAACCAUCGAAAAAAUGCAAAAACGUUCUAACCCAUGGAGAUACGUGGUCUAGUAACAUACUGAUCAAAAAGAUGAAAGUACAAAUAUGGAGAAGGUAAAGUUCGUAGAUUUCCAAUAUUGUAGAUAUACUCCACCAUCACAAGAUGUUUUAGCUUUCAUAUACUUUACUACUUCGAGGAGUUUCAGACAAAAGCAUCUCUACGAAGUCCUUGGUGUGUACUAUAGUUAUUUAGAAAAGUACCUUACGCUGUCCGGAGUGGAUCCAAACAAGGUGCUACCAUUUUCCGAGUUCAUGGAUAGUUGCGAAGAGCAGAAGGUGUUCGCUAUUGUAGUUACAGCGAUUUACUUUCAAAUCAUUCUAAUUGAAGAUGGAGUUCCUGAACAGUACUUUGACAGUGAAGAUAAAGAUAAGCUGUUCAUGGAAGACAGGGGUUUGAUAGUUGAAGAUUACGCGAAAAAAGAUGAAAAAUACAAGGAGAGGUUAAAGGAUUCUAUUCAAGAUCUGAAAGACUAUUGUGAGCGAUUAUGAAAUCAAUAAAGUGUUGAAAUAUCAAGUAGAUCUUGAUUGUUGUAGUUUCGAUGUAUAGUUAUGUGGCAUACUGGGAAUGUCAAAUUCGACUCUCAUCAGUCGAAUCUUGAAGUCGCACAGUGGGGCAGAAUCCCAAAAAGCUGGCCAAAAUUCAGAAAGUGUCGUAAAUGAUCUCAAAUUCUCUUCUCGGGGGUUUCUGGGGUUGCUGAAUAUGAAUCUGUUUUCAGAAUUACGAUUUUCAAAAUGGCGGACAUAAUUUAACCAAUUAGUCAAAUAAUCCAGUAAAAAUACCCAAUUGUAUUUGUUUAUGGUUUUUGGUAUCGCUGAUUACGAAUUGGUUAUCAAAAUGUCAAUUUCAAAAUAGCAGACGCGAUAUAUGGAGAUUUCUGCAAAAUUUUUUUAUUGUUUAAUAUUUUUAAAUAGAAAAUAUUUUAUAAUAUUUUUAGGUUUUAAUGAGUAUAAGAUUUUUCG